CAUCGUGGGAGCGAAGGACAAGAUCCUGUGGUAGCCUCCCUGGCGGUAUUCCCGAGUGUAGCUCGGGGUAAAGUUUCAGCACCACAAGCGGUAACCCCAAGCUACACUCGGGAAUACCCUGCAGCGCUGCUCUGGGAUCUGUUCUUCUCUUACCUUGUCCUGCGCUCCCGCGAUGUCCCUCCUGCAGUGUCCCCUGUAAUGUCCUCCGGCGGAUGCCGGCAUCUGUCAUCUGGGAUCCGUUCCCUGCGAUGUCAGGACGUACGGUGGACGGAACGGCGGGAAAUUUGAAGAUGACAAAAAGUG